AUGGUCUCGCAUUUGAAGAAAGCACAAAUUCGGCUCUCAAAUGCUGAAAGUGCAUUGCACCAGCUGAGGACCGAGCAUGGACAUACUGUAGAAUACCUAAGUGUCCAGUGGGAUCAACAAAGGGCUACUCAGAUGGAUGUAAUCAGCAGGACGGCAAGGGAAAAAAAGGAGCGUAUGAUUGAUCUCCUCAACAUGGAGGAGAAGCUUAUUGAGGCUCGUGAGGACCUCAGGAAGUUGAAACUGAAAAAGAAGCGGGCACGGACAGGUCGGGAGAAGCAGGAACUUCUCAAUAUUCCCCAGUCUUUGGUGCUCAUGGAAACCCAGAUCCACAAUGCGGCGGCUGAGCUGGGAACCCAGGAGUUCUUGGAGCUCACUGGCCUCACAGAUGAUCGAGCAAAGCCCUUGCUGGCUCUCCAAGUAGCUAAGAGUAAGCUCUAUGAGGCGAGGGUGGGUGUCAUUGAGGCUCGACGUCGUGCUGAGCGGACUUCUGGAAGCACAAGCCAGGCACGAAUGGGCGAAAUAAAGUCAAAGAUGAGUAAAGUAUUGAAAGCAAAAUUCAACACCUAUCAUCGACGAGUCAAGGCUUACAACGAAAAGUUUGCACCCACACCUCUCUUGGAUGACCCCUCCCUGGCUGAGGUAGAAAAAAUGGAGAUUACCGAUCUUUUCUGGUCUGGUGGAUCAACUCUUAGUCAUCCAGGUGAGCCAUGGGCAAGCGACCUGCCAACGCGCGAAGGUAUCCAGCUUUACUUGUCCCUACGCUCUUCACGAGAGGAGCUUUGUCGGAUCGCGCGUGAGGUGCGACAGUUGACACAGUGGGCGGUAGAUUACCAGUCAAAGAUUGACUCUAUUGAUCAACAAACUCCUGCUGGCGAAGAUGAAAUAAAUGUUAACACGGCUGCAUCUUUGCGCUUGGGACUAUCAAAGGAAAUGCGCCGGCUUUGGUUCCAUUGGAAUCCAGACCUGGUUACUUUGAUUAGGUCGACUGCAGUGUACCUUAGCAGCGGGUCGAGAUUGAGAGACGAUCAGGUCCUCAUUACUAGAUGGAAAUCACUUAUGGAAGCGCAAUUCGGACAUUGGGAACAAGUUUUAGCGACGAUUGUGGAGGGAGAAGAGCGCGACAUGGUUAAAGAAAACGAAGCCGAGGCAGAGGAAGACGAUUUGUACACUUCCGAGAAUUUUGAAAUGGGGGAAGACGACUUGGAGAAUAUGUGA